UUUUAACAACCUGGAAAAAGAAAGCUAAUGUCGUUAAAUGUUCCACAGAAAAUGAAAAUUCUAGACCAGUCUUUAGGAUAUAUUUUGGUGAUGAAUUUGACCAGGUAUUAGAAACUACACAACCGUGCACAGCUACAGCAACACACAAAAGAUCAGCUUUCAAAGAACUUAGUAACUGCUUUUACAAUUCUGAUGAUAACCCAGUUUUAAAGUCAGUAACAUUUGGCGUUCAAAAUAAAGAUAUUUUUCAAAUUGAUUUUGGAAAAAUAAAUGAAGAUGAAGUUAAAUUAAAGCGCAAUGUUAAAAGAAAAUUAUCUAUUAAUAAUGAAAUGCAAGAAAAGAUUCCAAUUUAUAUUAUCAAACUAGAUCAUCAUUACUCUAAUGAAACUUUGGAAGAUGCUUCAGUUAUAACUGAUCCUGAAGUAAUUCAGAUUAUUUAUGAAUCAAUUGGGAAUGAAGUAUUAUAA